AUGGAAGAAGAAGAAGAUUUUAAAUUCAAAUUUAAUUCUGAAGAAGAUUUUAAUAGAGCUUACAAAAAAGUCAUUCGCCGUCGACAAAAACAAAUGGAUGAUCAACAUUGGAACAAUUAUAUGGAAUCAAUUAAUGAUGAUACAGACUCUAAAAAAACAUUCACUAUUGAAAAGAAUACAGAAGUUAAACAAAGUAAACACUCAUUUAAUAAAGGCAGUAACAGCCACUUUAGUACAGAUGAUUCAGUAAAUGUACACUCAUUGCAUGAUCCUUCUGAUCUUAAUAAUAUUCAUGGACUUAGAAACCGUUUGUUUAUUACAUUUAAUGAAUUUUCUAAAAUAUUAGAAAAUGCACUUUCACCACCCGUUUUAAAAAGUGCUAAAAAAAAACAAAUUAAAAUUAAAGAAUGUGAUCAACUACCGAAUAAUUAUAUAAGUGAUCUCAAUUCACUGCUCUCUGAAAUUAAAAAAGAAUCAAAAAAUGAAGACCUGCAUGGUAAAAAAAAUAGAAACAAUGUCACUUUAAGAAAAAGCUUUCAAAUUAAGUUAAUUAAAUGCUAUAAAUUAGCAAUUAAUGCCCUAAAGGAAUGUUCAAAAACCUUAGAAGCUGGAAUUUAUAACCCUAUCCAAAGUAAAAUGAAAAAUUUGAUCCAAAUUAUAUCAACUUUAUCACUUACUGCCGGAAAAUAUAUAUAUGGUGAAUUAUAUAAGAAAAGAAAGAAAGAAAGUUUUGAUUUAGUUCAACAUUGCAAAGAUUUAAAUAAUAUGUUGGAGGAAUCUGGUUAUAAAGACACAGACAAUGACAAUCAUAGUAAUAAUAUGGAUAACAAUAUACUGAAUGAGCUUUCUAAGAUAGCUUUAAGUAAACCUGCUAAAACCCAAUCUUUUGCGGCCAACUCAAAUCGAUUAAGUAUGUAUAGUCAAGAUAAACCAAAAUUAGGAUCAGAUUAUGCUCAGGGAUGGUCAAAAAAUUCAUUUGAAUUAAGAAGAAAUAAAGUUUUAUCAAAAAAAGACAAUUUCAUAAAAACGGAAAAUAAUUUAGACAAUGUCAAAACUGUAAUGGAAGAAUAUCCCUUCGUAGAAUCGAAUGAAACAAACAAUAAAUUGUUUAUUAAAGAGAUACAAGAUGAAAAAAUAAUUGAUACUAUUGAAGCAAUUAAAUUUCCAACAGCUUCAAAAGUAUUAAAGUCAGAUAACAGUAAAAGGUCAGAAAACAGUAAUGUUGGUCUAUACUAUGUGAGACAUAACCCUUGGAAAAAUUUUCCUAUUAAAAAUAUAAGGCUCUCUAAGGAUAAUGAACGAAUUCUUUUAAACAUAUCUCAGAACGACGCAGAGGAAUCUCAUUCAGAUCGAAGAAAAUUUAAAGAAUAUAUAUUGAGAACAGAACGGGAUAAUAAUAUUGUAUCCAAGAUUACAGAAUUAGUUUUACAAGACCUCGUAAAUGAAGUGUUAACAAAAAUAUUUGAUGCAAUAAUAUUUGAAACAAUAAGAAGGGAAUUCAUUGAAUAA